UCGCUAAGACUCACCCGUUCACGUUUGAAUUUUCCAUACCAACGGGAAAUUUUCGACUGAUGUGGCGCUUCGUUGCCGAAAACAGACAGUUACUCAGCAAGGCAUUCUUCUUGCGAUAAUUGGCUCUGAAAGUUCUAAUUAAUUAUGGCGCGAAAAUGUUCUCGGUUGAGUUCCAUUUUUCUAAUGACUUGGUGACAUUAAAAAUUCACUGUAGUGAGAACACUGCACGUAUUGUUGUGAAACUUUGAAUUUAUAAGUUUACUAAAGAGUGAGUUUAAGAUUCAGUACUGACGUUCGAUCCGUGCGGCCUACUAUGUUUCUAUAUGCAAAACUUAAAAGACAUCCCUCGUAAAACAGAUCUGUAUGAAAAUGAGUCCAGCAAUGUAUUUUACUAGAUAAUGGAAAUCAAGUAAAGGUUUAUUAUUCCUUGGAACAUAUUUUAAUCAUUUCAGUGUUGUAUCGCCAAAUAGCAGUAUAUAAAUUAACUAAAAUUUAGAUACACUAAAAUCAUUUGAGUAUCGUUAUAUUGGUACUUAUUCAUAUGGUGGUGUAAGUUCGCGAAAUAAUUAGAAUAAUGCUAACAGACAGACAAACGAAAAUAAGGAAGCAAACAUUUGUUGAUCGGAUGCCAAGGAGAAACGAUCCUCAUGUCUACAGACAAUAGCAAUGGCAAUGUUACGAAAUGUUACUAUCGGAAAUUAUGAGUUCAUCACAAAGUACUACUCCAAUACCGUUCUGAAUGCUAUUCGCAAUACGGCUCUAAAAUCACGGAUCAGAACUAUUCUGGUAUAGUUCCUUGAAGAACCUGAUUUAAUAUAAAUGUUAUGACUCUAAUACAUGUUUUUCAAGUAUUCUUUAUUCCACCUCCCAACAGGUAAAAUACUCUUGAACCUUACACAGUACAUACAAGAUGGGCUUGUAAUAUCAAAACUCAGUGUGAUUAUAUUAAAUUAAUUUAUGCAAUACAGUUGAAGAUAAUAAAAUACCUUUUGAAUGAUGUAUCACAAAACAUACCCUGAAGGUCUGUAAUUUGGGGAUGAAAUGUUUACACAAUAUCGUGAUAUUCUUUUCGGAAAACAAUUAUACCUCAGAAAACGUCCUAAUUGAAAGCUGUGUGUGACUUAUUACAACUUUAUACCUGUCGAUCACCGUCUUUAGGUGCCACCAUUGCCACAUCUCUGACUGUUGCGUUAAGAAAUUCUGAGAACACGAAGUCUUAGGACUAAUUAUGAGGGGUGAUCUCUCCAUAUACGGUUUCAGCAGUUUUCUUUAAUUGAAAAACAAGAGUAGGUUUUAUUACUUCUAACGGAGCUAUUGCGAUCCGACUUGGUAACAUGACUGCGGUGAGAAAACUAGAACGGCAUAGGGUUAGGUAUCUUCUUGGAGAAUAUGUUAUUCAGUGGUAAUACAUAAUGGGGAUUUUUUCUAGUACACAUGUUUAGAAUGCAACUUGUUCGAUGAUGAAGAUAAGAGGCAGUACCACUGCUCUGGAUGCGGAAUCUGUAGGAUAGGAGGAGCAGAUAGGUUUUUCCAUUGUGAAACAUGUAAUAUGUGUUUGCCUAUGCAGCUAAAAAAUGCACAUAAGUGUGUUGAAAACGUGUCUCGGUCGAACUGUCCUGUUUGCCUAGAAGAUAUCCAUACAUCCAGAGUAAUCUGCCACGUCCCUCCAUGUGGCCAUUUGCUGCACAGGCCCUGCUUUGAAAGGAUGCUUAAAUUUGGCCUCUAUGCAUGCCCCAUUUGUCAAACAUCACUGGUCAAUAUGGAACGACUCUGGAAGUACUGGGAUGAAGAGGUAGAAAAUACACCAAUGCCGGAAGAAUACAGAAACUGUUACGUUGGUAUUUUAUGCAAAGACUGCCACAAGGAAGGAACUGUUAAAUUUCAUGUAGUGGGCUUCAAGUGUAACCAUUGUGGUUCCUACAACACCUGCAGAGUUAGAGGGCCGGUUAUAAGAAGUCCGGAAGAGAAUCUUAUGGAGACGAUGCUGUUGGCUAUGUCUAACUACACCGGGAGAGUGGGAUUUGCACAGUUCAAGUGCAAAAUGUGCCCAGAGCACCUUGUAGGAACCAAAGCAUAUAAUGUGAUGAUGAUUAUAAAUGAAAAUGAAGCCGGAAUUAUUGCAAGUGCCAUGAUUGUGCUGCUUCAGCAGGAGGCUGCAAGCAUGCAGUUGCUUUCUUGAUGUGGGUGCAUCGGCGCGGUGAGAAACGUCCAUGUAGUUCAGUUGAGUAUUACUGGAAAAAGUCAACAUUGUCUAGAGUUGGGACUACUCUGAAGUACAUUACUGUGCAACAGCUGUCUAAAAAAGAAGUGCCUCACAGACCGAGUACAUCAGCGCUUUAUACUGAAUUUAUUUCAGAAGCAAAAAAAGUUAAGUUGUCAACUGUGAAUUGCUAAAAUAUCAGCAUGAUUUUAAACAUGUAAUGUGUUGCACUGAUGCAGUGUCAGCAUAGCUAGAGGCUGCCCUCGGGGCGGAGUUCUGUCAUCCCUAAUGUGGUGCCUCGGGGCGAACGAACUCCUCGUUAGGCUCAGCAGUGAUGCUGUCUACGUGCAAACCUAUGUUGAUAAUUUAAGCAUAGUAGUUAGGGGUCGUUUUUGUAGAACAGUCUCUGAAAUCAUACAAGGCGCUCUGCGAUAUCGUGGUGUAGGGAAGUCGAUCUUUCUGUCAAUGCUGGAAAGACCAAGCUGAACCUAUUCACUAGGAGAAGAAAGCUUGACGGACUUGUCUUGAUGACCUUCUUUGGGACUGCUGGAUCUCCCACCGUUGGAUCUAGUAAUCCGCGGUGAAGCGAGAGUAGUCGCUGAUCGUCUGUGGAGUCAGGGUAGGUGGGCCUUCUUGAAUCCUGUCAAGAGGCAUACAGCCAUUUUAGUCGAACUGCAAAGGGAGGAUCUCGUCCAUUUAAGCAGGGGUGAUCUCAUUACCCCUAAAUAUGCUUCAACCGUAAGUUUAAUGUGGAGUAUCCAACGAGGGAGGAGUGAGACGUCAGUAGCCGGUGACUCUCCGGAGUGACUGGGCAGGUCUGGUACACAGACGGCUCUGUCACCAAAGAGCGCUCUGGCGCUGGGGUCUCUGUGCCUCUUGGUGGAUACACCACUGUUUUCCAGGAGGAAAUCUUUGCGAUUCUGGCUUGUGUAUCUCGCAUUCUGGGGGAGGGUGCGCCUAGGAGAAGGAUAAUAAUCUUAUCCGACAGCCAGGCUGCAAUGAAGGCACUAAGUGCCUGUAAGAUUACUUCGAGCCUUGUGUUGCAGUACAGGGAGGCUCUGGCUCUGGAUAAGGGAUAAUGAGACGGCGGACGCUCUGGCGAAGACAGGAUCAGCCAGCAAGUUGGUUGGUCCUGACCCAGCAGAGAGUUAGGAGGAAAAAAGAGAUGUGGAUUGCAAGACCACACACUCAGAAAUGGAGAAGUAUCUCCAGACAUCUUCGUCAGACAAGGGAACUCAUUGUAGGGCCCAGCGCUAAGGAUAGACGUUUCUGCUUAUCUCUGGGCAGAGCCAACCUAAGGUUGUCUGGCCAUAACACGUUAAGGCACCACCUGCACGUGAUGGAGGUGUGCGUGUGCUCAACAUUCAAUAAAGCUGCAAUCAGUACAAUCGAAGAAGCAACAAGGAUGCAGAAGAAGAGCAGCUUGCGGUAUGAGAUGCGAUAUGGCCGUAUCACAGCUUCAAAUGCACAUGAAGUAAGUGUUUGUCAUACACCUGAUGGUUCAUUGGUGGCUACUAUAAUGAGCGCAAAAAUACCCGAUACUGUUGAAAUGAAAAGAGAUUGAACUUUGGAGCUAGAUGUCUGGAAGACGGUUAGUAGAAAAUUGAAAAAAAGAUCACUGAAUGUGGACUUUAUGUAUGCCAAGACCAUCGCAUGAUUGUAGCAUCUCCUGAUGGCUUAAUGGAAGAUGCGAUUGUAGAAAUAAGAUGCCCUACCAAGGCAAAAGCUACCUAAGGACUAUUAUUUAAAAAAUGUUCUUUCAGGCAAAUGUAUGUAAUUGGUAUAAAAAAUGCUAUUUUUGUGUUGCUGAUGGUGACUUUGAGGAAACAACAUUAUUUUAGUGAAUUAUGAUUAUUAUGUUGACAAAUUAAUACAAAAGUUAGCUAUUUUCUGGAAAAAAUAUAUAUCCC